CAAGGCGAGAGUAACCGUGUAUGACAGUAUUCUGUGAAUGCUAUAGUAGCAGACGUUUUGGGUAAAAAAAAUGGCGCUACUGCGAAUGAGAAAUGCACAGGGUGCCAACGCUACAGAGAUAGAGAAGAAAAUUAAAAGAGGUAAUGCACUGCGGCAGGGAUCAGCAUGGAGGGGGUCCCGAUGGCUUGUGGCCUUGCUGCUGGUGGUUCUGUCUGUGUGCUGGGCGGCCAUGUGGCUGUACGUAACCUCUCUGGACAGUGACGUCACAGAAACACUAGUCCGCCGGGGUGAGCUGGUGUCUCCCCAGCCCAGAGUCUACACCGUCCAGUGCUCGGAAGACUACGAGAACUACAAACGCUAUCCAGGAUGCACCCCUGUGAAGUGUGGCCGUGCAGUCACAGACGGCGUGGUGACGAGGGAGGAAGCCCAGGUUCUCCGGAGGCUGGCGGAGAGAGGGCUGGCGCUGGCUGGGUCAGAGGGAGGAGCUUCCAUACUGGACCUGCACUCUGGAGCGUUGUCCAUGGGUAAACAGUUUGUCAACAUCUACAGGUAUUUCGGAGAUCAGAUCAGGGAUGUGUUCACACAAGAGGAUUUCCAGCUUUACAGAGAUGUCCGAGGGCGAAUCCAGGCAGUUAUUGCUGAGACGUUUGGUUUGGACCCGACUCUGAUGUACCUCACCAAGCCCACCUUCUUCUCCAGAAUCAACAGCACGGUAGCCAAGACCCAACACGACGAGUACUGGCAUCCACACAUAGAUAAGGUGACUUAUGGCUCUUUUGACUACACCUCGCUCCUGUACCUGUCUGACUACGGCACUGACUUCACUGGAGGAAGAUUCAUCUUCAUGGACCAAAAUGACAACCGGACAGUGGAACCACGGGCAGGCCGAGUCUCUUUCUUCUCUUCUGGCACGGAGAACCUCCACCGCGUGGAGAAGGUGACGUGGGGGACUCGCUACGCCAUCACCGUGUCCUUCACCUGUGACCCUGCGCACGCCAUCGCUGACCCCGCCAUUCCCGGAGGCACCCACGGGUGAAGGCGCUGCUCACUGGCUUGGACAAGCCCUGCAAAAAGGGGGAUCAGAGGGGAGAGACAAGAAAGGAAGGGGAAGGAAGAAGUGAUAUUUUACUCGUAACAUUGGUAUCCUGUAGCUACACGGUUUUUCUUCUUUUUUUUUUUUCUUUUUUUUUAUAUAUAUUGACUUGCUGCCCUCUCACUGAUUGUGCUACAAAAAAAAGCACACACAUUCACCCUCUCUUCUGCAGAGGUGUUUUCUUAUCUCUUACUUUGUUACUGACCUUGGUGUUUUUAACCAAUUUUCUACAGAAUUCUUUUUUUUUCUCAUCGUAAUUGCUAGAAUUAGGCAUUUUUGUUCACCCCACAUAUUUCCAAAAUCAAUUCAUUUUGAUUAUUUGGGACACGGCUUGAGCAGCGUUUGCCUCUCGUCUGAAACGGUGUCAAAGACCCUAAAGUGGGAUUGUGUCUCGCGGUGUGUGUGUUGUUCAUUUUAAGGAGAAAUGUCAAUUCCUCGAAGAAGAGAUAAACAUCUGGUGAGUCACCUACCGAAUCAAGCUUUGGUCACAAAAUCCCCACUCACCCAUGACCCAGGAGGUGUUAUCUUCUAAGAAGAACUCUCUCCUUGAUCAGGAGCGGUUGCUCUUUCUAGGAUGUUACCAUUUACUUCAAUGUGAUGCCGGUGAGGGUGGUUUGAAAUAAAAUACGGACACAACUUGAAAAGUA